AUGACACUCUAUGGAGCUGAUGCGAUUGCCCUGAGUGCGGUCUUUCAUGAUGUCGCAACGGAGUUUGAUUUGCUUAGUCUGGUUACACGACCAACAUUGACCCAAAAUGCUUUGCAAGAAAGCAAUAACAGUGUGCUACGGAAUUAUUUGGCCGAACCAACCGACCUCAAUCAACACUUUGAUCGAGUACUUCAAAAAUGUGGUUCCGUAAAAAAAUCAAAGCGCGCUCCAGUUGUCAAAUCACAACAAGAAAAUCUAGUAACCAAAUGGUCUACAAUGGAAGACGGGUUGGAAACUUACCUUUACGAGCGCAAAGUCAAGGAAAUCAGGGAGCAUGGACUAAUUGAAGAGAUAUCCAGGCUGAAAGAAAAACUGAAACAAAUGCGUGAAGAAACCGAAGAAACCUUAAAGCAACGCAAUGAAAUAAUCACCCACCUGCAAGACCAAUUUCAGGAACUGAAGUUUCGCGCCGCCAUGGAAACGAAGUACAUUCAGAAGUGUACCGAAGUUGUCAUGAAGCAAACGGAAGGAAAAUGCCGCAAGGCAGAGGAGGAGAUUCGGGAAGAAACAAGAUUUUUACGCAACAAACUAGCACAAGACACCCGCUGCCAUGUGGAACUCUUCUCGUGGCUCACAAACAGAAAUGCAGAGCUCAGUUUGACUUGUGACUACAUGGCGGAAAAGGAGACUCGUGACGUUUCGGCAAAGCAGGAGGAGCUAGCCGCAUUGACCAAAAAGAAGGAAGAUUGUCUCAACAAUUUGAAAGCUCUGAUCGUUGAGUAUGAGCACGUUGAAAAGACUGUACUCAAGGACAGAAAAAAGAAGGAAAAGAAACGAAAAGAAGAGGAAAAAGAAAAAAGGAUGCUGGAUUCUGCUCAGAUGAUUCAAAACUGGUGGCGAACGAUGAUUGUUAUGCACGACAUUAAACUGAAGAAGAAGCGAAGAAAGGAUACCAAAAAGGCUAAAAAGUCAACAAAGAAAUAA